CCGGAAGUACAUUGAAUUGCACGAAGCCGGCGUGACUUUCACAGAUAACCUGACAAAUAUGAGACUUCUGCGCGAGGCUUCUAAACUUGGUCCUCGGCUCCUCCAGUAUAAUGGAGUUACACGGAACAAACCGCUCUCCCUCGCUUUCUGUAGACACUGUUCCUCAGGUAUCGUUCCAAAUGAAAGGAUACGAAACAUCGGCAUUUCUGCCCACAUUGAUUCUGGCAAAACCACCCUAACAGAACGUGUUCUGUACUACACCGGCAGAAUAGCACACAUGCACGAGGUGAAAGGUAAGGAUGGUGUUGGUGCUGUCAUGGAUUCAAUGGAGUUAGAACGCCAGCGAGGCAUCACAAUCCAAUCAGCAGCCACCUACACCAUGUGGAAGGACACCAACAUCAAUAUUAUCGAUACACCAGGCCAUGUGGAUUUUACAAUUGAAGUGGAGCGGGCCCUGAGGGUUCUUGAUGGGGCAGUCCUUGUACUAUGUGCUGUUGGUGGUGUUCAGUGCCAGACCAUGACUGUGAAUCGCCAGAUGAAGCGAUACAAUGUCCCCUUCCUAACAUUUAUAAACAAGUUGGACCGAAUGGGCUCUAAUCCAAGCAGAGCCGUGCUGCAGCUGAGGUCAAAGUUAAAUCACAAUGCUGCUUUCAUCCAGAUUCCUAUUGGAGUUGAGAGUAAAUUUAAAGGAAUCAUAGACCUUGUUGAGGAACGUGCCAUGUAUUUUGAUGGUGAAUUUGGGCAGUCUGUGCGUUAUGACGAUAUUCCAGCUGAAUUUAGGGCAGAGGCUACGGAUAGACGUCAGGAACUCAUAGAAAGUGUUGCUAAUUCUGAUGAGAUCCUAGGGGAGAUGUUUCUGGAAGAAAAGAUCCCCACUGUAGCUGACCUUAAGCCUGCCAUUCGCAGAGCCACUCUGAAGAGGCUUUUCACCCCAGUUCUAGUGGGCAGUGCACUGAAGAAUAAAGGUGUCCAACCCCUUUUAGAUGCUGUUCUAGAGUAUCUUCCCAAUCCAUCAGAAGUCCAAAAUUUUGCUAUUUUAAAUCACGAGAACUCUGAGGAAACCUCCAGGAUUCUAAUGAAGUCUGACAGGGACAGCUCCCAGCCAUUUGUGGGCCUGGCAUUUAAACUGGAAGCUGGACGAUUUGGCCAACUAACAUAUGUAAGAGUCUACCAAGGAAUGCUCCGGAAGAGUGACUACAUUUAUAACACACGAACAGGCAAAAAAGUCAGGGUACAGCGCCUGGUGUGUCUCCAUGCAGACAUCAUGGAGGAUAUUGAAGAAGCUUAUGCUGGAGAUAUAUGUGCAUUAUUUGGUAUUGACUGUGCGAGUGGAGACACCUUUACAAGUAAAUCCAAUGACAAUCUCUCCAUGGAGUCCAUCCAUGUACCUGACCCAGUGAUUUCUGUAUCCAUGAAACCAACCAACAAAAAUGAUCUGGACAAAUUCUCAAAGGGCAUCAGUCGUUUUACUAGAGAAGAUCCAACAUUUAGAGUUCACUACGAAGUGGAGAGCAAGGAGACCAUUGUUUCUGGCAUGGGGGAAUUACAUCUGGAGAUCUAUGCUCAACGGAUGGAAAGGGAAUAUGCCUGUCCUUGUGUUAUGGGGAAACCUAAAGUUGCCUUCAGAGAGACAAUCGGCAAUACAGCCCCGUUUGACUUUACACACAAGAAGCAAUCUGGUGGUGCUGGGCAGUAUGGAAAAGUCAUUGGCUUUCUUGAACCUCUUGAGCCAGAGAGCUACACAAAAGUGGAGUUUGAAGAUAAGACUGUUGGGACAAAUGUCCCUAAGCAGUUUGUACCUGCAGUUGAAAGAGGUUUCCGAGAGGCUUGUGAGAAAGGGCCUCUCACAGGACACAAGAUAUCUGGCCUGCGUUUUGUCCUAGAGGAUGGUGCUCAUCACAUGGUGGAUUCCAAUGAAAUCUCUUUCAUCAGAGCAGGAGAGGGCGCACUGAAGCAAGCUAUGGAAAAAUCCACUGUUUGCAUCCUGGAACCAAUAAUGUCAGUGGAGAUUGUGGCCCCUUCUGAAUUCCAGGGCCCUGUAAUAGCUGGAAUUAAUCGCAGGCACGGGGUGAUUGUAGGACAAGAUGGAUCAGAUGGCUAUUUCACUCUGUAUGCAGAUGUUCCACUAAAUGACAUGUUUGGCUAUGCAUCGGAACUUCGGUCAUGCACAGAGGGGAAGGGUGAAUACACAAUGGAUUACAGUAGGUACCAGCCUUGUUUGCCCAGUACACAGGAAGAACUGAUCAACAAGUAUCUGGAAGCCACAGGGCAACUUCCAGCAAAGAAAGGAAAGGUCAAGGGCUGAUGACAUAGCUUCAAGCUGCUCUCACACCCCUACAGCUUUCUGUACUGUAUAUAAAACCUGUCUUACAAACAUCUACUCUGUUAGUCUAGUAUCCUAAUUAUGGGAAUGGGUUUCCGUCACUGGACAGUGAUCACUGUUUACCCCUAUAACAAACAUCAGUGGUUCAUGGUUGGUUUUUGUAAAACCCAUUGUAGCCCUGGGAAAGAUCUUGAGCAGCACCUUGGACUGUUUCUCUGAUAAAGGAGGAAACCACUGUACAGAACAACCAUAGGAAGAGCUCAGAGGGGGACUAUGAACAUUUAUUGCUCAUUCUGGGACACUGCUUUAACGAUUCCUUUAAUUAUUCAAGAUCUAUUCAAGGAGGGAUUUCUAUUUUCUUUUUCAUGGAAGAGAAGACCGAUGGCCUAGUUUCCCACUCUCACACCUGUGUUUCCACUCUGGAAUAAAGCAAACUUGACCAUGAA